AUGAAAGUAGCGCUUGAUAAUUCAGAAUACGCUUGCAAUGAUUCGGUGACGAUAUCUAAUGAUCUCCAAAGUUCUUCGAGAGUUAUAGAUAGUAUGUUUAACGACGUGGAAUUUUCGCUCACUGUAGAGACAAAAGAGACACAAAUUGUUUUAUCUUUUGUUUCGUGUCCAAACCACUCACCUAGAAUUCGAGGUUCUGGAUUUAGAGCGUUUGCCACAUAUGGCAAAGUACCGGCCUGUUUUUCCGUUCUGACAGAUGUGCCAUGGCAUGAAGGGUUGAAAGAGACUUGCAAAGGGUCAGAAAUGACUUUUGCACCAAUGAGAUAUCUUGGAUUUCCGUUUGUAGAAACAGUUGAGCAAUGGACAAUUCAUGUUCCGAUGAAACGCCUACAGCUUAAAAUUUUUGACUUCUAUUUACCUUGCCAGAGUGAAUUGUACAAGUCGGAAUUCAAAAUUAAAGAUAUGGGAAAGGAGACGUCAUACUGCAAUCUUAAAAGACCCCCGGAUGUAGUCACCUCUUCAUUCGAUAGGCUAACCAUUUCUUUUUAUAAAGGACCUGACCCAUGGCACAAACAAUAUAUUUACACUGUCGAGGGAUUUAGAAUAACGUACACAGCAAUAGAAGCUCCAGAUUUUGGUAUUGUAGACUACAAGUAUAAUAUUUCUAAAGUGAACGAAUCUCAUUUAUAG